AUGGAUGAUCGGACUAUAGAUUCGAUAUUUGCUGGAUCAUUGGAGUCGCUGCCACCGGUUAGUUCAAAAAUUGUUCGAAUCUUUACAAGUUCCACAUUCACAGAUACAACAAUGGAACGUAAUUCGUUAAUGGCAAAAUGUUAUCCUCGCAUUAAGGAUUAUUGUCGCGAAAAACAUGGUUUAGAGUUCCAGGUAGUGGAUAUGCGAUGGGGAGUGCGAGACGAAGCUACAGAUGAUCACAUGACCACUGAGCUGUGUAUGCGAGAGAUAAAGAAUUGUCAGAGAUUAUCAAUGGGUCCUAACUUUGUGGUAUUUUUGGGUCAGAAAUAUGGAUAUCGUCCAAUACCAACAUAUAUUGUUUCAUCGGAACUGCAAUUGAUUUGCGAAGAAUUAACAUCAAUGGGUGUAGACCGUGCCCUGCUGGAUUUAUGGUAUAAAAAGGACAGCAACGCAGUGCCUCCAGUUUCUGUACUGCAGCCAAUUUCAUCGAUAUUAAUUAAUUUUAAUAAUAAACGAGUGCCUAAGUUACAGGCAGAGGAUCAAGGUAUCUGGUGGGAUACUUUAGGAAAAAUGCAGAAAUUAUUGAGAAAAGCUGCAGCUUCGCUGGGAGCUAGUGGUAAAAUGAGUAAGGACUUGGUGCACAACUAUUUUAUGUCAGUGACUGAACGCGAAGUCAUAAAUGGCAUUUUAAAUGUUAAAAAUACUAAAAACCAUUGCCUUUCGUAUGUUCGCUAUAUUAACAAUAUUAACCUUCAAAAUCUAAAGAAGGCCUCCCUUUUUGUCGACAUCAUAAACAGAAGUUUGGAUACCGAAUCGGCAAAACUCUUAGGGGAUCUACGAGACAAUCGAUUACCAGCAAAAAUUGAAUCUAGUAACUCCCAGAAAUAUACCGUAGAGUGGAUUGGGCGUGAAGGUCUUGACAUUGAAACACACGAAGAGUACCUUAAUCAUUUCAUAUCACAUUUCUAUAAAAAUAUUAUCAAAUUAGUUGAUAGAGCUAUGCGCAAGGAAGACUCCAGUGCACAGGGACAGAUAGUCACUGAAAUCCUUCAGCAUUUGCACGCUUGCAAUAAUUCGGUUAAGGUCUUUUAUGGACGUGAAGAAAGUCUAAAACACAUCAAGCGUUAUAUGCUGGGGGAUUCAGAUAAACCACUUGUCCUUUAUGGCGAAGGAGGUUGCGGAAAGACAUCACUUUUAGCUAAAAGUGCUUCACUAGUAGCAACAGAAUGGUUUCCGGAAAAAAGACCAAUAAAUAUUAUUCGAUUUCUGGGCACCACGCCUGACUCAAGCGCACUAACACCAACUCUAAUAUCGAUUUGCCAACAGAUUUCCUACAAUUACAUGUUACCUUUUGAAAAUAUCCCCGAUGACUUGGUACCUUUAACAGCACACUUUAAGCAAUUAUUAACUUAUGCUAGUGAGAAUCAGCCGUUGACGUUAUACCUUGACUCGGUUGACCAACUGACCGGUACUCAAGAUUCAAAUAGUGUUUCCUGGAUACCUACCCGGUUGCCAGUACACUGUAAGAUCAUAAUAUCAUGUGCAAAAGAAGAAAAUAAUCCGGUCGUGUCUCAAGAGUAUCAUGUCUUGCGCAAAAUGAUAGAUGUGGAGGAGAAUUUUAUUGAAGUCACAGCUUUGGGAGAAGAUUUAGCAAUGAAUGUAAUUAAGAUGUGGAUGAAAACAGCAUGUCGGGAUCUUAAUAACUAUCAGUGGCGAUUAGUUGCAAAUGCUAUUAGCAAGUGUUCUUUACCAAUUUUCGUGAAAUUAGUGUUUGCUGAAAUAUGCCGGUGGCGCAGUUACACUCGCCCCCAAGAAACCCACUUGGCUAACAAUGUUAUGGACUCAAUUAUGAUGUUGUUUGAACGUAUUGAGAAGCAGCACGGUCGCAUCUUGGUAUUUCAUGCACUAGCUUAUAUUACAGCUUCAAAGUCAGGUCUGUCAGAAAGCGAACUUGAGGAUUUGAUAUCGUUGGAUGAUAAAGUUUUAGAUGAUGUCUACCAAUAUCACUUACCCCCCGUCAGACGUAUUCCGCCCUUGCUGUGGACCCGCAUACGUAACGAUUUGCCUAAUUAUCUCAGCGAACGUGAGGCUGAUGGUGUCAACGUAAUGAACUGGUACCACAGGCAGUUUCGAGACACUGCAAAGGAGCGAUAUUUCAAAAACAUGAACAUGGCGAUGUAUUUCCACUCUAUGAUUGCCGAUUACUACUUGGGUAUAUGGGGCGGAGGAGUGCCAAAGCCUUUUAAAUUUACUGAAAUACAGAGACAUCGGUUCGGACUCACCGAAAAGGAGGGUUCUGCGGACCGUAAAGUGCCUAUACAACCGCUGGUAUUUACAAGUAAAGAUGGCAGUUCCAAAAGAUACAAUCUAAGAAAGUUUGGUGAACUGCCGUUUCAUUUUGUUCGAUCACGGCGUUUUAAGGAUUUAUUUGAACAUGUACUCUUCAAUUAUGAGUGGUUGCAUGCAAAGCUUUCUAGUUGCCCGCUACAAGCUGUUUUGGCUGACUUUGAAGAUGCUUCAUCUAACACAGAAGACAAAGAAGCAAAACGUGAGCUAAUGUUAGUGGCAGACGCCUUGCGCUUAGGUGGAGCUAUUUUGGCAGUGUAUCCAAAUAUGUUGGCACCACAACUAGUUGGAAGACUUUUACCAGAAAUUGGGGGAAAUGCAAACAUUAAAAUGUUGUUGAGAGCCUGUGAUCAUUGUGGUCCUAAAGACUGCGCACUAAUACCGGUUAACCAUUGCCUCCAUACACCAGGAGGACCCCUAAAGUAUUCCCUUGAAGGACAUCAAUUUGCAGUGUUCGCUUUUUGCUUAACCAGUGACAUGCGUUACAUGGUCUCUAUAUCGACUCAUUUUAUAACGUUUGAUUUGUCAACGUCUGAUUUAACGCGCGAUGUUAACCCUGGAAUCGAGGGUAUAAUGCAGCAACUAGUUUUAAGUCCAGAUAAUAAAUGGGCUGCCGCCUAUUCAAAUAAUAACCAGACAGUCUUGUUGAAUAUGCUAUCGAGUGAAUUUGUAGUUAUUAAUUCACCCUUCGAAGAAUGCGAUGGGCCGAUUAGUAGUCUGUAUUUAUUAAAUCAAUGCUUAUACAUAAGUUGCAGACUGAAGUGGGCUCAAUUUGAUAUGCGCGGAAAUCUUGUGGAAAUAUUUACAACAUCUGGAAACUGGACUGGAUGGGAAAUUUUACACAUAGAAUUUUCAACGCCAACCGAAUAUAAACUCAUCUUCUGGUCUGGUUCAAUAAACGAAUCUCGUUUACGUUUUGAUUCGUACAGAGGCGAACUAUAUACAGCACCAUUAUAUUUUUUUAGUGCUUUAGUCCUUAAUAAAACACGAAAACAAAUCUAUGGAUGCGCGAAUGAGGAGAAUUAUGAAGUUAGUGUUUAUCGAUUUGAGGAAUCACAUGAUAGUUCGGCAAUUGAAUGGAUGUUGGAAAAAAAGCUACCCCGUUUUGAAAACGAUGAAAAGGAAAUGUUACUGCAACUACGUUUAGAUCAGCAAGAUCGCAUGCUUUUGGGCACAGCCGGCAAGGGUUUUGUCAUUUGGGACUUUGGAGAUCAGGAUGGAAACAGGUUGAGUGAUAAAUCUAUGUAUUUAGCAUUGCCACAUGGAGUGCGAAAUAUCACUACCAAAAUAAUGGAAUCAAAUUCCGUAAUGACUAGUUCAAAACUAGACUAUGCUGUAGCCGGAGUUCGAAAAAACCUUUAUGUGUGGUGUUUACACUCCCUGCAGCUUGUCAAGGUUUUAGAUGCUCAUUUCGGUCGCAUCAUACAACUCGAAGCGUUAACUAUAGGGAAUUGGAAUAAUGUGGUAACAUCAUCGAUUGAUCGCUCCGUCAAAGUAUGGAAUAUCAAUAAUAUUUUCGAAAAAGUACAUGUAAUAGAUCGACAUGAGUUACAAAUUGACAACAUCAGCUUAUCUGAAGUGGAUUUGGCUGUAACGGUUACUCGAAGUUGUGUGGGAGUUUGGGAGACUCGUACUGGAAGAUUAAUAACUAAACUAGCGGAUAGCCCUUUGGGUGCCAUUGUAACACAUGCUGAAAUAACUCCCGAUGGUCGUUACGUAAUUUCCUCUGAAACAGGAAAAUUUCUUAUAUGGAAUCGGGUCUCUGAGCAAGUUAUCUACCGUGAUGAUCAACCCGGAAUUCAACAAAUAACUUUUAUGGACUAUGGGUAUAAAGUAAUGAUUGUUUCGUGCCCAAACAUAAAUCAAAAAGAACCGAAAGAAGGAGAUGAUACAAAUCGACUGAUGGCUACCACAACUAUAAGAAUGGUUCCAGAGGGUUCAAUUUUAUUUAGAUUUGAAUAUCCUAUUCGCAUGGUCCCCGGAUUACCUUUUCGCCAAGCUGUAAUAUCUGCUGAUGCCGCCUAUAUAAUUGUAUGCACUGUAGACAAAAACAAUAAAGACUGUCUUGCAGUCUACAGCGCUACAAAUGGAACUUUCAUUUCAAAAGUACUUUUAAAAAGUUGCUCUAUUAAGGAAGUUGUGUCAUUAGUACCCAUGCCUCACAAGGCCAGUCAAGUAGCAGUCAUAAAUAGCGAAAAGGGCAGUAUUAUGGAUAUAAAAACAAAAAAACAUAUACGUUCUAUACCAAAAUGGGGUGGCAGCAUCACAAAAGAUGGAAAGUAUGGGAUUUAUGCUCCCUCCAGAGGAGGUCUAGAAAUGUUGGAACUACGCAAAGGCACAACCGUUAAAACUUUCAUACCGAAAGUGGCCGAAGGCGUAUUCUCAGUUAUUUGUAUUUUUACUGAAAGCGAUGAAUACGUUUGCUAUUAUCACAGUGGUCGAAAAACCAUACGGGUCUUUCGAACCUCAGACACCGAAAUGAUUGCUAAUUAUCGCUUGCAGGCAGAAUUGACAGCCAUUAAAAGCACAAAAGACGGGCGCUGUAUUGCUUUGGGCACAGUGGAUGGUUGCAUGUCGUCUCUAGCCAUUGUAGAUCCUAAAAAUGAUGGCAUGGUAGAGUGGCUAAAUGCACUACCAUCAAGGGAUGAAAAUUGGAAAGCUAAGUUGGCCAAAAUGAAAGCAAAGGUUGGCUUUAAAGCAGCUGUACGCGUUGCCACAAUAUCAUCCCGUUUGGAUCAUCAAAAAUGCAAACACAAAGACUUAAAAGCUGACGACAAAAACGACAACGAUCUAGAUAAUAUAGAAAAUAUAGAUGAAUAAA